CAAGAGCCUGCUCCUUUCCUUUGCAUUCCAGCAACUGGUGUUUAGAAGCAUGGCUGCCUCCAACGUGGAGACAGAGGGCAUAGCCAGCACAGCUAGUAGCCACUGCUAGCCAUAUUAGCCAUGGAUUUGUCUACGCCUCUUUCUAAUCUAAGCCCUCCAGGCUGAUGAUCAUCACUGCCUCCUGUGGCAGAGAGUUCCAUAGUUCAACUAUGAGCUGCCUGAAGAAGUAUUUUCUUUAAACUGUCCUGAAUCUCCGAACAAUCAGCUUCAUGGGGUGUCCACAAAUUCUAGUGUAAAGAAAGAGGGAGAAAAAACAUUUUCUCUACCCACUCUUUCUGUGCCAAGCAUCAUUUUAUAAACUUCUAUCAUGCCACAUCUUAGUCGUCUGUUCUCUAAACGAAAAACCCCCCAAACCUUUCCUCAUAGGGGGAAUCGCUCCAUCCCGUUUUAAUCUGCAAGGCUUCUUCAUGCCUUAUCCACGUUGUAGGGAACAGUAGCAGUACUCAAUGCAGCUAUUAUUAGUGUUACGAUGCCCAUAUUUCACGUUAGGCCAGACCCCCCCCUCCCAUCCUUCCAGCUGCGUUUCUCCCCCCGCCAGCUGUGCGCCCUGAUCCAGCUGCCUGUCCAGAUGACCCACGUGGGUGGUGAUGGGGGAAGCCCAGGCUGGAAGGAAUCUGGGGGUGGGGUGGAGCCAAAGGAAGCCCCGCCCUCCUGCCUAUCACCCCCUCGCGCCACCAAUGGGGCGCGGCGACACAACGGCCAAUCCUGGGAGGGCUUGUGAUUUCCAUGGCAGCGCCGCAGCGGACGGAGCGGACUAGGAGCCUGGUGAGGCUUGGAGGCGCAGCGGGAGCGGCGGGGACAGGAUGGGACCCGCGAGGAGACCCCCGACAGAUCUAGCUUCUUCAUGGUCUGAAUCGUUGACGUGGCCCAAGCGAUCUGCUUCAGUCGUGUGAGGCACCGUUCUGCGCGAAGAUGGUUGGCAAACUCAAGCAGAACCUGCUGCUGGCGUGCCUGGUGGUGAGCUCAGUGACCGUCUUCUACCUGGGCCAGCAUGCCAUGGAGUGCCACCACCAGAUGGAGGAGCGCAGGCAGAUAGUCCGCCCGGAGCCGGUCAGGGCCACUCUGAGAGCUGGUUUGGGUUCGCCAGAGAAUGCCACCUUGGCCUACCACAAAGACAUGCCCUUGAUCUUCAUCGGAGGGGUCCCACGGAGUGGCACCACCUUGAUGCGGGCGAUGCUGGACGCUCACCCGGACAUCCGCUGCGGGGAAGAGACGCGGGUGAUCCCCCGGAUCCUGGCCGUCAAGCAGAUGUGGGCUCGGUCGAGCAAGGAGAAGAUCCGGCUCGAUGAAGCCGGCGUCACGGACGAGGUCUUGGAUUCGGCUAUGAGGGCCUUCUUGCUGGAGAUCAUUGUGAAGCAUGGGGAGCCAGCCCCGUACCUGUGCAAUAAGGACCCCUUUGCCCUCAAGUCCCUGGCGUACCUCGCCCGGAUCUUCCCCAACGCCAAGUUCGUCUUGAUGGUGCGGGACGGCCGGGCCUCCGUCCACUCCAUGAUCUCCAGGAAGGUCACCAUCGCUGGCUUUGACCUCAGCAGCUACAGGGACUGCUUGACCAAGUGGAAUCGGGCCAUAGAGACCAUGUAUAACCAGUGCUUGGAGGCUGGCUUGGACCGUUGCAUGAUGGUCCAUUACGAGCAGCUUGUCUUGCACCCUGAGAGGUGGCUACAAACGCUCCUCAAGUUCCUCCACAUCCCGUGGGACCCUGCCGUUUUGCACCACGAAGAAAUGAUUGGGAAAGCCGGAGGCGUCUCCCUCUCAAAAGUUGAAAGAUCUACCGACCAAGUAAUCAAGCCAGUGAACGUGGAAGCUUUGUCAAAAUGGGUGGGGAAGAUUCCCGAUGACGUCCUUCACGACAUGCCUGUGAUUGCCCCAAUGCUGGCGAAACUUGGCUACGACCCCUACGCCAACCCCCCUAACUACGGGAAGCCGGAUCAGAAAGUUUUGGAAAACACUAGAAGGGUCUACAAAGGAGAAUUUCAACUUCCUGACUUUCUCAAAGGAGUGCCACAGCUGCGGAAGACUGUAGAAAGGAAGCCCCAGGCCAAGAUAAAAUGAUUGAGGAGCUGAUGUGAAAGCUGAUGUGCUGAAAUAGAAGUCCUGGUGGAGUUAAUUGUGCUUAAUUGACCAGGGACGUCAGCUGCCCUUUUGAGGAAAGCAUUGGGGUGGAAUCGUCAAGAACCUGCUGAGCUGUUCUGUUUGUUCAGAAUUUUUUUUUCAUCCUGUGGUUUUUGUUUUGCUUUUUAAAAAGGGGGUAUAUCUGUGGGAGGGGAAGGGGGUUGUGCACACAUGUUAACCCUCUGUGUCUUAGUCCUCGUGCCAUUGACUCCAUAGCGGCCCCUCUGAAAUGCUGGAGCUAUUUUGAGUGAGUGAUUCCAGGAUCACUGCACCAAAGAGGGUGCACUGCAGCUGGAGAUCUCGUCUGUGCAAACCCCUUCAGAACAAGUGGACAGCGAGCAGAAAUGCUUUGCUGUGCACACAUGCCAUUUGAUAUCCACCGUGCUUGUGCAGGAGACGUUCUCCGUGAAUUCAUCCCAUGGCCAAAUUCUUAAGACUCGUUGCUGGAAAUCCAGGACUGUCUUUCUUCAUUUACACAGCUCCUCUGAAAGCCAUAGGGGCAGAGAUUGUUUGGACUGAGCUUGGAGAUGCCUAGGCUGCCUGCCUUUUCUCUCUUGUUCUUGCACCUUAGUUUUUACCAGAGCGGGUUUUUGUAAAAACAAAACAAAACACAGAUUUGGAAUGUCAAA